GUUUCAUAUUUCGUAUUCUGAGAGCGUUUUGUUGAAUGACAGAUCCUUCAAUUAAAUCAGAAACGAAAAUAUUUGCCAAGAAAGUAAAUUACGAAUUUGCUGAACAACAAUUGUUUGGGAUUUAUUCAUUUUGAAGAGGUUUUUAUUGAAUUACAGGAUUGUACGUCACGUCAGAGACCUGAAGGAUUUGCUGUAAAAGUCAACGAUCUGCCGAGAUUUACAGAUUAUUUUUUUGGGGGGAUGAUUUAUUUAUAUUAUACAUUCUGGUCGUUAUGAUUUCUAUGUGAUGAUCAACGACAGUACAAUUGUCACUAUGUAUCCAACAUUCACCCUGAGUACCCAGCCCAACACCUCUGCAACCAGUGGCGACCAUGUUAUCCAGUAUAUGAUUCCAGUUUUCGUGUGUAUCGCCGUGGUGGCUUUAUUUGGUAACUUACUCGUCGUGUUUCUAUUUGUACGAAAUCGCGGAUGGUUGAAAAAGGCUCACAGUAAUUUAAUUCUGGCGCUGGCAAUUACGGACAUUCUGACUGCAGUUUGUGUACUAUGUGUGCCCCUGUUUAUCCAUGAAAGCGAUGUUUAUGCCGUGCCACAGAAUGUGUUUCUACGCGAGCUAUAUUGUCGUGUGGUAUGGUCCCAUUAUAUAGUAUUCUCGCUGGGAGUCACGUCUGUCUAUUUGUGCCUAUCCUUAGCCAUAGAACGUUGGCUAGCUAUCAAAAAACCUCUCUUUUACAAACAGCAUUUGAAUUCAAAACGGAUAAUCUGUCUAUUGGUUGCGAUUCCAUGGAUUGCUGGCUUCGCGUUCGAGAGUUCAGCCAUAAUACGGACGACUGGAGUAGUUUUACCUGACGGUACGACGAGCUGCCGAUGGAAUCCGGACACGUCCGAAUGGAGUACUCGGGUAACAAUCGCUGUAGUCUCGUUUUGUGGAAUGAUUCUAAUACCUGGGAUACUAGUUGUCAUGGCGUACGUGCAUAUUUUGGUAAAAAUUAAAGUGACUCUAAGACGAGACUCUGUUCGACGCCGAGACUCUCAAAGACGCAGCGAGACAGAUUUGAAACGGGUCACCCUUAUGGCAGGGUUGGCUUCGGUUGUUUUGCUCAUUUGUUGGCUCCCUGGGCAAUUCUAUUUCAUGUUAUCUCAGAUGGGGUACCUCAAGGUUCACGUUAUGCCCCACCGUUGGCUUAACGUGCUUGCGUUGUCCAGUUCGUGCUGGAAUCCGCUCAUAUAUUGUUUUUCAAAUUCACAGUACCGAGAGGGGUUUAAGAAUGAGUUGUCGAGGUUCUUGUGUUUGUGCAAGCUUGUGAGACACGGCUCGUACAGUUUCAGACGAAAUUCUGGACAAGCUGUACAGCAUUGGUCAACUCCUGUGUUUGAGAGAAAACUAGAAGAAAAUUCGUCUGGACCUGUUGGUACUCUUGUUUGAACAGGAAUUGCAUGAAAAAGAACGACGACAUUGAUCUCUGAAAGGUGGUGUGUAGCGCUCGGUAAAACCUCUUUUGAAAAAAAUUUGGGCUGGUUUAAUCCUGGUUUAGACUAUCAAAGUUUCUGUGAUCACAGUAGCAAUGGAUGAUUCCAUCUGUAGACUAAAUUUUGAUCUCGGCAAGACGAACAAAAUCCAUCGCCACAGCUAGAAAGAACAUGUUAAAAUUAGUCACAUUGCAAAGUUUCGCCGCGAAAUGUUGUAAAAUGCGGAAAAUAUAGCCCUGUGAAAUUUGCAAAUUUUGUAUUAAUUUGUAUCACGCGCGGGAAAAUGCACCACAUUUAAGCCCGUUCUCCACUAGGCGAAUUUUUUCGCGCGACGCGAAGCGAAAAACAAAUCUUGGCAAUGUGAUUGGUCAGCGAAAAAAUUCGCCGCGAAAAAGUUGGAUCAGUUCCUACUUUUUUACUGUUCGCGCGAACAAAUUCGCCUAGUGGAAAACGGGCUUUAGACCGAAAGCGGCGCAUUUCCCGCGCGUAAUACAAAUUAAUACAAAAUUUGCAAAUUUCGUAAGGCUAUAUUUUCCUCGUUUUACAACAUUUGGCAACCAAACUUUGCAAUUUUACUAAUUUUAACAUGUUCUUUCUAGCUGUGGUGAUGGAUUUUGUUCUUCUUGCCUAGAUCAAAAUUUACAGUAGUCUGUAUAGCUGGAAUCACCAUUUGCAUAGGACUGACUAUCGCCCGUAUUCUAAAAGCACACGUUUAAUCGGAGCUUUUCUCGAGUGUCAUUGCUGUUUUUGAAUAACUGGAGGGCUAGUGUCGUACCUUACUAUGUGACUACACGCCCCCCAGCUAUUCAAAAACAGCAUUGACACUCAAGAGAAGCUCAGAUUGAACCUCCACUUAUUGAAUGUGAGUGAGUGAGCUUUUAGAAUACAGGCGUAUACGUGUUUUUUGUUUAACACUGAGUGUCUGAUUCAGUUCCCUCAAACAUUUCUUACAAAUCCUUCAAAACUUAGAACUUUAUAGCUAUGCAAAAUUCCUACUGUGAUCACAGAAACUUUGAUAGUGUAAACCAGACUUAAGGAACCGGUCAUUAUUUAUGGAGGGGGUGGCACCGAAGAGAAAAGGGUUGGGUAAACUAAAUUUUGAGUGAAUAAAAGAUUGGGUAAAUGAAAAACAAAACAACUCAAGGGUUGGGUAAUAAAAAGUUAUUGUCAUUUUCAAAGCAUGACUCACUUAAAUAUUGGAGACUGAAAAGCAAUGUCAACAGUCGUAUGUCAAUACAAUAUGUAAAUCAAUCAGACUCACUAUCUUGAUCAUUUUCCGAUUUGUUGGGAGACAAAUGGUGUCUCCAAAGAAAGUACAUGUACAUUCAACAUGAAAGUUAAUUAUCAAACUUGUGUCACAGAAGUGGUAAAGCCUAAAGGACAUGUGUGACAACUGAAUGGUAUCCUUUUGUAAAGGUUUUGGCAAGGGGUGGGUAUUUAUUUUUUAAUUGAUAUUUGAGGUUUGGUAAUCAAAUUUUUUGCUUUCUAAUGGUUGGGUCAGGAAAAUUUUUACCAGGAAAAACAUUUCUCUUCGGUGCCACCUCCCACCAUAAAUAAUGACCGGUCCCUAAAGAUGAAGUGAAAUAUGGCAGAUAAAUAGAGCAAUAUAAGGACGUCAGAUUCAGUCUUGGCUGCCCAUUUCGCAAAAGAUUAAAGUAACCUUAUCAGAAUAUUGCACUGUCGAUAAGCUAUUCAUCAAAUAUAUUUGAUUCGAAAACUAUCAUCUCUUUGAUGAUUUUCAGAUUACGACAAGAAAUUUGUCCAGUAAUUAAAGAAGCGCAAAUAUCCGCGCGCGUAGGCGAUU